AUAAAUAUACAUCUUUCUUUCCCUCGCUUACACACAUUCAUUGCAGUUUGGGAUCUUAUUUUUGUUAGUUUGAAUAGAUCAGUAGCUGAGUAUUAAGCUUUAGUUUCACAGUUACUCAAAAAAUUAGAUAUGGAAUCUGCUAUGGUUGGUCUUGUAGUUGAAAAACUUGGCUGGAUGAUGAUAGAGCAGAUAAAUAAGGAGGCUUCACUUGUUCUUAACUUCAGAAAGGACUUUGAAUGGCUGAGCGAAAAACUUACAAGGAUAAGAAGCUAUCUCAGAGAAGCAGAUAUCCUAAGUGCACACAAUGAGUCCGUGAAAAGCUGGCUGCUGGAUGUUGCAGAGAUUGCUUUGGAUGCAGAGGACAUACUCGACGAAUGUGUUGUUGAAUAUGAAGGUACUGAUAAUGAAAGCCCUCAAUCCUCUUGUGUUUGUUCUUUAAGCUAUUCUCAGUUAGUGUUUCGCUAUGUAAUAGAGAGCGGCUCACAUCCAGUGGCUAUUGAGUCCAAGGUUGAACAAGUCCUCCACCUACUGAAUGACCCUGUCGCGCUUGUCAUUGCCGUCGUUGGUAUUGGCGGCGUCGGGAAGACGUUUCUAAUGCAAAAUGUAUUCAACAAAAUUAAGGGUGAGUUUGAGAAAUCAAUCUGGCUGGCUAUUUCUCAGACAUACUCCCUUACAAAGUUGCAGGCUGCUUUGGCCAUGGAACUGGGUUUGAACGAGGUCGUUAAUGGGAGGGUAGAUGAGGUAAAGGCAGCAGAGCUGAUUCAUGGCCGUUUAGCAAGCAGAAAGUUCCUCAUUGUGUUGGAUGAUGUGUGGAGGGCAACAGAACAAGAGAACUUAGUAUUGGCACUUGGCCUUCCAAGGGGGAAUAACCCUUGUGGUCACAACACGAAGCAAACAUGUGAGCAGCAACAUGAAUGCUCGUGUUUAUGAGCUGCAACCUUGGUCAAAAGAGGAGAGCUGGAACCUGUUUUGCGCUUUUGCCUUUCAGGGAAAUCAGCCGCCACAUCAUCUUGAAGGGAUUGCUUGUCAAGUAGAAGGGGAAUGUGGGAGAUUGCCCUUGGCUGUUAAAACAGUGGCAGCAUCUCUGGCGAACACGACAUUAUCUAGGGAGUGGGAAUUUAAAUUGGAGCAGCUAAGAGCGGCAGCUUCUACCGAGGAUCCAAUUAUGCAGAUUCUCAAGCUAAGUUAUGAUUCUCUCCCUGCUAAUCUGAAGCCCUGUUUUGUGCAUCUUUCUUUCUUUCCCGAAGAUGAGGUAAUAGACUACCAAUAUCUCAUAAAUCUGUGGGUAGCAGAAGGAUAUAUUCCUCAAGGAGAGGACUAACUAGACAUCGGAUGGAAGCAUAGCAAAAGAAAGUGAAUGUGCAUUUAGUGUGGAGAAAGCCUUCAAGAAAGAUCUCACUGUGCAAACAGGCAGGACGUGUCGCAGAAUUUUAAUGGGCAAGAGAAGCAUAGGCGAUGAUGAGGUAGAGGUAAUGGGAAGAAACGGGACAUAUUCCACUAUAUCAUAUCUUCGCACUAUAUCCUUUUCAAAAAAUUCGGGCAUUCAAAAUAUUCCACCAAUCUUGAUCAAUGAUGCGAGAGUACUGCGUGUACUUGACUUGAGUGGCACUGGAAUCUCGGUAUUGAGCAAUUGUGUUGGAAAUUUAAAGCUCCUUAGGGUUUUGAAUUUAAGCGACACAAAAAUUACCAAGGUACCAGAAUGUGUGAAAAGUAAUAAGAGUCUACGCUUCCUUGACAUUUAAGAUGGAAUGGCCAUUGCAAGGCACUGCCAAAAGGGUUUGGGAAGCCCGGGGAUUCUCUAAACUACGGAUUUUUGAAAUUUUUGACUUUCAAGUGUUAGAGGAGUUGCCAGAAUUAGAAGAUGGAGCGAUGCCACGCCUUGAGAUAUUAAAAGUAGUGUCAUGUGACAAUCUAAAGAAACUUCCAUGUGGAUUAGAGCUCUUGAAAAGUCUGAAAGAGUGUCACUUGUACCGGAUGAACGUGACACAAAUGUUUCAGGGUGGGGAAUUAUUGAAUAAAUUGAAAGCCAAUAAUCCCAAUGUCAAAAUUUAUCCUCCACGAAAGUGAGUUUGUAAAAUAGUGAAAUGCAAAAUGGUGUAUUUUUAUAAUUUUCUUUUAUAAUGUAAAUUAUUGAUUCACUAUGUA